AUGUUGAGGCUUCGUAUCUGCAUAGUGCUCUUGCUGAUGAAAGUUAUUGUUGCCAAAAGUAGGUUCUCUGGCUAUAAACAAGUUCCUUCAGAGAGAGCUCUCCUCAAUAGCAAUGGAGAUUUCCUGCCCCAUGUUCGUUUGGCCAAAGAUCUCAUGGAUCCCCGGAGAUAUGACAGUCGGAUUCGGCCGGUCAUGAACUUCACCCAGCGAACCAAGAUUGUUGUCAGCAUGAGUUUGUAUCAAAUUCUUGCAAUUGUAGGUUGUUACUGUUACAACAAAACGACGUCUGUUAUCAUCAAAAAAUAGGACUGUGUUUUAUUCGUGAUCCGGCUUUGCCCCUUUACUAUGAGUUGCAUUAGAUGUUGGCCUCGUAAAGUCCUUUCCUUUUAUGGUUCCAAGUUUGGAGUUUUAAUCGCUCUGGCCAUUCGUUAUGACCUUUUGGCUCUUUCAGAAUGAGAAAAUGCAGAACAUUGACUUGAAUGUGUGGGUCAUACAGAAAUGGAGAGACGAGUUCUUGGGAUGGUCUCCUCACAAGUAUGGCCUCAUCAACAGUACCAUCCUUCCAUAUCAGAAAAUAUGGCUUCCUGACACCUACAUUUACAACAGGUAGAACAGAUUUGUUUCCAUUCUGAAACUUUUUUGUGUUCCGCUUCUCUGCACCCAAUUAUUUACUUUCAGCGUCGUUAUGAACCGGGAAGAAACAGAGCGUUAUAUAAAUGCAGUGGUAACCACCAACUACUGGAAGAAGGAACGGGGUGCACAGAUCAUGUUCAUGUAUCCGGCUUUAUAUCGGUAAAUAUUACAAUAUUCCGCGUAUCUUUUGUUUAGAACAAGCUGUCGGAUCCACAUUCGUUUCUUUCCAUACGAUCUGCAGAAUUGCACCUUAAUAAUCAGUUCUUGGACAAGUGAUAAAAGUUCUAUUGAUUAUGUUCCCGAAUUCGAUACUGUAAAUCUGGAGAACUUUAUCCCGAACGAGGAAUGGGUGGUAGUCAGUUUCCACAUGAGGAGGAAGGAGGUUAGUUUUGGAAUCGUUGGGUAAUCUUUUAUUAUGUGAAAGUCAUUGUUUUUUCACAGUUAAAUUUGAAGACAAGAGCGGAAAAAAAUAAAUGGCUUAAAAAAUCAGCUACCAUUUUGCAGAACACCUGUAAUUUUUUUGUCCAUAGAAGUUUAUUUUUUAAACUUUUAGGAGAAGUUUGUCUGUUGUCCAGAACCCUGGGUUCUCCUCGAAGCCUCCCUGGUUGUUCGUCGAAAGCCUCUCUAUUACAUCGUUAAUCUUGUUGUCCCCACUUCGGUUAUCACUCUUGUUGCUGUAACGGGUUUCUUUACCCCGGCCUCUACCAGUAAUGAACGGCGGGAGAAGUUGAGUCUUGGCAUUGAUUCCCUUUUGGCUAUGAGCAUUUUACUCACAAUGAUUGCUGGCAAGUGAACAUUUUAUUUUUUAUUUUUACUCAUAAAAAUUGUUUAAUUUAAUUUUUAUUAAUUUUCGUCUUUUUAGAGCAAAUGCCCACGAUCAGUGAUUACGUCCCUCUUUUCGGGAUUUUCUAUUUGGCAAUUAUAGUCAUAAUUUUUGCGGGGACACUCUUCUCAGCGUUCAUUUUGAAUGUCCAUCUCCAGAAGACCCGAAACAAGCCAAUCCCGCCACUGGUUAGCUUCAUAUUCUUCCACAAAGUUGCCCCUUUUCUAAGUUUAAGACCUCCAACUGCACUAUUAGAAUUGUGGAUGGAGACUGGAGUUAGGAUAAAAGGACUAAAGGAAGCCGAUCCCAGGUUUACGAUGAGAUUAUCAUCCAAUAAACGGAGUCUAGGCCCUCCGGCACCUAGGAAAGAAAAGGAUUUCAAAUAUUUGAAUGGACAAAAUGGGGGUGAUGACAGGAUUUGCAAUGUAGGUUUUUACUUUCUUUGCAGUUAAAUUAUUUUUUCUCCAGAAUCUGCUCGGCUCUUCGGAAGUGUUUAAAAGUUCUCAAGUAGAGUCAGACUUGGAGCAACGGAGACCGAGUCCAAAUACUCCAAAAACGGCACAGAAAGCAAGAAAUAAUUGGAAACGUCUGGCCGCCAGAGCAAAUGCGAAACGUAAGGGUAACAAGAGAUCGCUGCUAAGUUCCUAAAAUUAUACAUACUAAAUCUGUUGGUAAGAUAAUGCGGAUUUGUGGCGCCUAGGAAUCGCCCACAUUCGGUUUGCGACGCUAGCCACUGCUGGGGACUUGGUGCGCAACUGCGGCGAGGCGAGACAUUUUGCUGUGACAAAUCCCAUUAUUUUCCCGACAUACUGAUAGUAUUACAAAACGAAAUUUCAGGCAAAGAAGAGCAGAAUAAAAUCAACGAUAUUCCCUUUGCCGACGGCGCUUCUUUGGCGCCGAGUACAGGUUAUGAAAAUCCAGCGAUAAAUUCAGCCAGGCAUAAGGCUUCGAUUGUCAGUCGACCUCAAUCCAUGUUGCCCGCAUUACAGUUGCUGUAUAUGCAACAAGGGGGAGGUCCCGCCUCAGGCAGUGCAGCUGACGCCUUCUUAUUGGAAGCCAAACUGAGACGCCGUUAUGCUCAUGAAUGGGAGUUCUUGGCUUCGGUCUUGGAUCGAGUCCUUUUGAUUGUAUUUUCGGGCUUGGUAUUACUGGUCACUGCUGCCAUGAUCGCUGUGGGAGAGGCGAUCCAUUUCUCCUAUUCGCUAGUCGAAGAUUUUCCUCAAAAUGUCACAGAGUUUAACCAAGAUGUAUGA